GCCGGUAACAAAGCUCCGGGGACCGCCAUGAAGCUGAAGCUGUGCGGGGCGGGCGGCGGGCGGCUGGGGACGCUGGUGGGGCUGGGUAGGAGCGGGGCCGCCGCCCUGGCGCUACCCGGCUGCCUGCUGUACACGCGGAUGGGCUCGGCCCCACACCUGACACACGACAACCUGCAGACGGUCACCGGCGUCCCCGCCGUGGCCCAGCUCAGCCUGCCCGCCAUGGCAGAAAUCCAUGAUGUCCUGGAAGAAUAUAAAGAAGGAGCUGCAAAGUUUAUAGGGAUGCCAGACGUGGUGCUGUACUGCUCCCUUCAUGACCCAGUCACUCGUUGUCCAUCUGGCUACAACACCAACAAGACAGUGUCCCUGUGGGGAACCUCAGGGCGCAUGGAAGUGACAGCUUCCAAGUUCAUGGACAUACAGAAGGCCAUCCAGCCGGACUGGUUCCAGUGCCUCUCUGAUGGAGACACCUUUUCUGGGGAAAGUAGUAGAAAAAGGGCCAAGAAGUCUGUGGAUCGGACACUUUCCUUCCUGGAUGCUUGCCUCCAGGUGCAAGAAAAAUCACCGGAGCUACAAGGAAGUGUAAUGUUUGGGGCAAUUGAAGGUGGAGAUAUCUUGGAGGAGAGGCUCAGAUCAGCCAGGGAGACUGCCAAGCGGCCUGUGGGUGGCUUUCUGCUAGAUGGCUUCCAGGGAUGUGCCAUGGCCAAAGAGACCAAGUUGAAUCUGAUAGCUUCUGUCACAGCAGAGCUGCCAGAGGAUAAACCAAGAAUCAUCCAUGGUGUAGGCAAACCAGAUGAGGUGCUUGAGUGCAUUGAAAGGGGAGUGGACAUUUUUGAGAGCUUCUUUCCCUUCCAAGUGACAGAGCGAGGCUGUGCCUUGGUUUUCAGUUACGACUGUCAUCCAGAUACUGAAGCAACAGUUUUAACACAAAAUGGGGCCCAGGGCCUGGAGAAGGUUGGUACUGAAGAUGACCAGGAUGAAAUCUGCAAAGCUGACCCAGAAAUGACACCAUUUGAGAUAUUUCUGAAGGACAAAAGGUACCAAGAUGAUUUAGGUCCUUUGCUGGAAGGAUGCAGCUGUUACUGUUGUCAGAGACAUACUCGUGCCUAUGUCCAUCACCUUCUCAUGUCCCAUGAACUGUUGGCUGGUGUCCUGCUCAUGAUGCACAACUUCCAGCACUAUUUCAGUUUCUUCAGUGCCAUACGGGAUGCCUUAAGAGACAAUAAACUGGAUCAGCUGAAGAAACUUGUCUGCAAGCAGGCACUUCAAGGCCCAGCAAAUGCAAAGCCAGACCAAUGAGUUCAGAGAUGAUAGAGGAGGUUAUAGGCAACAUCCUUACCCUGUGGGACUGUGUAAGGUGGACUGCCAGCAGGGUGACCUGAACCUGUUAGUAGUAAAACGCUUCCUUUCUGGAUGGAAUUGAAGGAAACAUUUGAAAAUGAUCUCGCUUGCUGACAAGGAAGGAAGAUCUUAUUCAAACUUCCUUUUCAGUUAGUUGGCUAGGUGCAUUCUUGGGGUAUGGAAGAGCUGAAACAGCGCACAAAACCAGUUUGGAUAGCUUUUUUUUCCAAUUACAAAUUAUUGAACUUGUGACUGAAGAAGCAGCAGGGCAUAUAGUUAAAAUUAAUCCAGCUGCCUGAAGGCUCAAUGGCUGUUUGGGACUCUCAUUCCAUACCCAGUGGAUAUUACAGGUAAUUAUUUUUCUAGUAAAUCCUAGUGGUACUGUUCUUUCAUCAUGUAGCUCCUUGAUGAGAGAUCCCACCUCAGUCAAACACACUGUUCCUUGUGGGCAUUGUCAGCAUCUUUGUCCCUGAAGAGAACCGACUGGAAGUGCUGCUGUGUUUAGUGGCACAAGGAACUGUAUAGAUACUUCUCUCUCAGGCUGCCUGUGGUACAGACUGUUCUCUGGGCCAGGAGAAGUCCCUCCACCUUUGCCUGACCUUGAAAACCCCUGCCUCAGGAGGCCCCUGUUGUGAUGUUACAUCCAGAAAGAAAAGAGAGGGUUGAAUCCAUGUCCUGCUAUAGAGGCUUUUUUUGGCUUUAUACCCUCUCACUUGUAUGGACUAAGAUUUCACUCCCAUAUUAUAGCAUGGGGAUGAUAAUGAAUGUACCAUUCUUUCCAGCUGUCCCAAUACCAGUCAGUAGCAGACUGCUCAAAUAUCAGUGAGAUAGAGCUGUGGAAGGAAUGUGUUGCAGGAAAUGGUGUUUAGAAACAACCUUAUGGCUGCUUGUUUUAAUCACAUUCCUCUUGUUCAUUUUUUUAUGCCCCUUGCUUUGACAUCCUGGAUUUAUUAAUUUUAUGCUAUGAAGCAACAAUAAAUUUUUUUUAUUAUUCUUUA